AUGGUCAAAGCUUCCAUCGACAAGGCUUCCAGCCGGCGCCUACAGCCUGAGGAGCUAGACCCCAAAACUGAGGAGCACUCUGUGACUGAGGGACCUAGUGCAGAGAUCAUUCGGCCCCGGCCACAGGGCUCUUCCCCAGUGUAUGAAUGUGCUGCCGAGAGUGCAGGCCUGGGACUCCUGGAAGAAGAGCGGGGGAGGCCAACCUCAGGGAGCUGGAGAACCUGGUGGAAACGAGACUCAGCCGACUCCAGGAUGACUGGCACAGAGUUUUUCUUGCAGGAGUGUGUGAAGACCACCCUGAAGACCAAGGUGGAAGCUGGCGCUAGUGGCUAUAGUGUGGCAGGUGGCGGGCAGCAGGGCCUCUUUGUCCAGCAGGUACUCCAGGACUCCACAGCCGCCAAACUCUUCAGCCUGCGGGAAGGGGAUCAGCUGCUCAGCGCGACAAUAUUCUUUGAUGACAUCCGGUAUGAAGAUGCGCUCAAGAUCCUUCAGUACUCGGAACCCUACAAGGUGCAGUUCUGCAUCCAGAGGAAGCUGGACAAACAGCCACCUCUGAAUUCCACAGAAGCAUGGCGGGGCUCAAGGUCCUCUCAUGGCACAAUGGGAGGGCAGAAAGGCAAAGCUGACACCCACCUUCAUUUAUGUCAGGAGCAGGAUGUGACAGAGAGUCUCAUGGACACUCCCACAAAGACUCUGGAAGGAGAAGGAGACCAAGAAAGGUUAAUCACAAAGCCGCGGACAGGCAGAGGUCGGAGAGCACAGAGGGAGCGGCUAUCUUGGCCCAAAUUCCAGACCAUCAAAACCAAGGGCCGCUCGGGCCCACGGAGGUCACACAGCUCAUCGGAGGCCUAUGAGCGCACUGAGGGAAACAUCUCACCCACCAGCACUGAUACAGAGGAACAGCACCCCAAAGACACACAGGAGAUGAAGGCAGACCUUGGAAGUAGACGCAGGAAGAUGUGCAUAAACCUGGGAUUCAGGAAACUCUCAGGGAAGGGGGGGCCCUCACUCUGGCCAGGAAGAAGAGAAUCCAAGGAAGAUGACAUCAUGGUUGGUGAGCUCAGUGCGCAGCUCCUGUCCAUGGAUGUAGAUGUCAAGCCAGGCCAUGUGGCUUUCAAUAUACCCGAGGGCCAGGUGCCCAAACCCAAGAUCCAGGACAUCAAAGAUGGAGGCGGCUUCAAGGGCCACCUGUCCAAAGUGAAGACACCCAGCUUCAAGAUGCCCAAAAUCGACAUGAAGGCCCCUAAAUUAGACAUGAAGGGCCCCAAGACAGAGUUUAGCAACCCAAACAUGGAGAUGACACUACCAUGUGCUUAUAUGGAUCUGAAGGCACCUGAAACCAACAUGGAAGCUGACAUCAACCUGGGAGACAAGCAAGUGGCCACCCACGACAGUGAGUUCAAGAUGCCCAAAUUCAUAAUGCCAUCAUUUGGGGUCUCAGCUGAAAGCAAAUCCAUUGAGGACUCAGGGCAGGGUGAUUUGGACAUCUCCAUAACGAAAGCGAGGGAGGAUGUGUCUCUACCCUCCGCCCAAAGCAAUAUCAAGGCUAGUGAGCAAAGGGUACAGAUCUCAGCCAUGGAUGAGGAUAUCAAGCUGGGCCAUGCAGCCAUCAAGGUUGCCAAGGGUCAGACAACCAAGCUCCAUGAUAUCGAAAUGGAAGGUGGCCUCAAAGGCCAACUGCACAAGGUGGAGACAGACAGUUUCAAGAUGCCCAAAGUCGACCUGAAGACCCCACAGAUGGAAAUAAAGGCCACAGGGCUUGACAUUAAGGACACCAACAGAAACCUGAGCAGCCCUAGCAUGGAGGUUAUGCUGCCCACCUUGGACAUGGACCUGAAAGUGCCCGAAGCCAAGCAAGAGGCUGACAUUGGCCUGGGAGACAAGGAAAUGUCUGCACAUGACAGCAAAUUCAAGAUGCCCAAGUUCAAGAUGCCGUCCUUUGGAGAAUCAGCAGCAGGCAAGUCGACGAAGGUCUCCUUUCAUGGAGAUCUGGAGGUCUCCCAGGAAGCCCUGUCCCUGCCCUCCACCAAGAGUGAUAUAAAAGACAGUGAGCUCAGCCUGCAUCUUCCAAACGUACAAGUGGAUGUCAAGCCCAGCAAAGUAGCCGUUAAGCUGCCUGAUGGAAAGACGCCUGAGCCUGAGGUCCCUGAUGUUCACAUGGGAGGUGGACUCAAGGACCACCUGCCUGACGUCAAGACACACAGCUUCAAGAUGCCUAAAGUUGACCUCAAGGGUCCGCAUGUAGACAUCAAGGGCCCCAAGCUUGAUGUAAAGGGUCCCAAGGCAGAACUGAGCAGCCCCAGCGUGGACCUGACAUUGCCUAGUGCAGACGUAGACCUGCAGGCACCAGAGGCCAGCCUAGAGGCUGAUAUAAGUUUGAAAGACAAGGACAUGACCUCCCGUGACAGCAAAUUCAAGAUGCCCAAGUUCAAGAUGCCUUCUUAUGGGGGCUCAGCAACAAGCAAGUCGAUGGAGGCCUCGGGGCAGUGUGAUCUGGAAGUUUCCAUACCCAAGGUGCAGGCUGACAUAUCCCUGCCCUCUGCCAAGGGUGACAUCAAGGAAGGUGAGCUCAGCCUUCAGCUUCCAUCUGUAGAUGUGAAAGUCAAGCCCGGCCAAGUAGAUAUCAAGCUUCCCGAGGGACAGAUACCUGAGCCUGAGGUCCCUGAUAUCCACGUGGGAGGUGGACUCAAGGGUCACCUGCCUCAGGUCAAGACACCCAGCUUCAAGAUGCCUAAAGUCGACCUCAAGGGCCCGCAUGUAGACAUCAAGGGCCCCAAGAUUGAUGUAAAGGGUCCCAAGGCAGAACUGAGCAGCCCCAGCGUGGACCUGACAUUGCCUAGUGCAGAUGUGGACCUGCAGGCACCAGAGGUCAGCCUAGAGGCUGAUAUAGGCUUGAAAGACAAGGACAUGACCUCCCGUGACAGCAAAUUCAAGAUGCCCAAGUUCAAGAUGCCAUCUUUUGGGGGCUCAGCAACAAGCAAGUCCAUGGAGGCCUCGGGGCAGUGUGAUCUGGAAGUUUCCAUACCCAAGGUACAGGCUGACGUAUCCCUGCCCUCUGCCAAGGGUGACAUCAAGGAUGGUGAGCUCAGCCUGCAUCUUCCCUCUGUAGAUGUGGAAGUCAAGCCUGGCCAAGUAGACAUGAAAUUGCCUGAGGGACAGAUACCUGAGCCUAAGGUCCCUGAUAUCCACGUGGGAGGUGGACUCAAGGGCCACCUGCCUCAGGUCAAGACACCCAGCUUCAAGAUGCCUAAAGUUGACCUCAAGGGCCCGCAUGUAGACAUCAAGGGCCCCAAGCUUGAUGUAAAGGGUCCCAAGGCAGAACUGAGCAGCCCCAGCGUGGACCUGACAUUGCCUAGUGCAGAUGUGGACCUGCAGGCACCAGAGGUCAGCCUAGAGGCUGAUAUAAGUUUGAAAGACAAGGACAUGACCUCCCUUGACAGCAAAUUCAAGAUGCCCAAGUUCAAGAUGCCAUCUUUUGGGGGCUCAGCAACAAGCAAGUCCAUGGAGGCCUCGGGGCAGUGUGAUCUGGAAGUUUCCAUACCCAAGGUGCAGGCUGACAUAUCCCUGCCCUCUGCCAAGGGUGACAUCAAGGAUGGUGAGCUCAGCCUUCAGCUUCCAUCUGUAGAUGUGGAAGUCAAGCCCGGCCAAGUAGACAUCAAGCUUCCCGAGGCACAGAUGCCUGAGCCUGAGGUCCCUGAUAUCCACGUGGGAGGUGGACUCAAGGGCCACCUGCCUCAGGUCAAGACACCCAGCUUCAAGAUGCCUAAAGUCGACCUCAAGGGUCCGCAUGUAGACAUCAAGGGCCCCAAGCUUGAUGUAAAGGGUCUCAAGGCAGAACUCAGCAGCCCCAGCAUGGAAGUAACAUUGCCCCAUAUGGAUGUGGACCUGCAGGCACCAGAGGCCAGUCUAGACGCUGAUAUAGGCUUGAAAGACAAGGACAUGACCUCCCGUGACAGCAAAUUCAAGAUGCCCAAGUUCAAGAUGCCAUCUUUUGGGGGCUCAGCAACAAGCAAGUCCAUGGAGGCCUCGGGGCAGUGUGAUCUGGAAGUUUCCAUACCCAAGGUGCAGGCUGACAUAUCCCUGCCCUCUGCCAAGGGUGACAUCAAGGAUGGUGAGCUCAGCCUUCAUCUUCCCUCUGUAGAUGUGGAAGUCAAGCCUGGCCAAGUAGCCAUGAAAUUGCCUGAGGGACAGAUGCCUGAGCCUGAGGUCCCUGAUAUCCACGUGGGAGGUGGACUCAAGGGCCACCUGCCUCAGGUCAAGACACCCAGCUUCAAGAUGCCUAAAGUUGACCUCAAGGGCCCGCAUGUAGACAUCAAGGGCACCAAGCUUGAUGUAAAGGGUCCCAAGGCAGAACUGAGCAGCCCCAGCGUGGACCUGACAUUGCCUAGUGCAGAUGUGGACAUGCAGGCACCAGAGGCCAGCCUAGAGGCUGAUAUAGGCUUGAAAGACAAGGACAUGACCUCCCGUGAAAGCAAAUUCAAGAUGCCCAAGUUCAAGAUGCCAUCUUUUGGGAGCUCAGCAACAAGCAAGUCCAUGGAGGCCUCAGGGCAGUGUGAUCUGGAAGUUUCCAUACCCAAGGUGCAGGCUGACAUAUCCCUGCCCUCUGCCAAGGGUGACAUCAAGGAUGGUGAGCUCAGCCUUCAUCUUCCCUCUGUAGAUGUGGAAGUCAAGCCUGGCCAAGUAGCCAUGAAAUUGCCUGAGGGACAGAUGCCUGAGCCUGAGGUCCUUGAUAUCCACGUGGGAGGUGGACUCAAGGGCCACCUGCCUCACGUCAAGACACCCAGCUUCAAGAUGCCUAAAGUUGACCUCAAGGGCCCGCAUGUAGACAUCAAGGGCCCCAAGCUUGAUGUAAAGGGUCCCAAGGCAGAACUGAGCAGCCCCAGUGUGGACCUGACAUUGCCUAGUGCAGAUGUGGACCUGCAGGCACCAGAGGUCAGCCUAGAGGCUGAUAUUGGCUUGAGAAACAAGGAAGUGACCUCCCGUGACAGCAAAUUCAAGAUGCCCAAGUUCAAGAUGCCAUCUUUCGGAAGCUCAGCUACUAGCAAGUCCAUGGAGUCCUCAGGGCCGUGUGAUCUGGAAGUUACCGUACCCAAGGUGCAGGCUGACAUAUCCCUGCCCUCUGCCAAGGGCGUCAUCAAGGAUGGUGAGCUCAGCGUGCAGCUCCCAUCCAUGGACAUAGAUGUCAAGCCAAGCCACAAUGUCAGUAAGAUGCCUGAUGCCCCGGAACCUGAGCCUGAGUUCCUGGACCACAAAGAUGGGGCCAGCUUUAAGGGUCACCUGCCCAAGGUCAAGGCACCGAGCUUCAAGAUGCCCAAAGUCGAUCUCAAGGCCCCACAAGUAGACAUCAAGGCCCCCAGGGUUGACGUGAAGAGCCCGAAGGCAGAAUUGAGCAGUCCCAGCAUGGAGGUGACAUUGCCCAGGGCAGACAUGGACCUGCAGGUGCCCGAGGCCAACCAGGAGGAUGACAUUGGCCUGGGAGACAAGGAAAUAUCUGCCCGUGACAGUAAGUUCAAGAUGCCCAAGUUCAAGAUUCCGUCCUUCAGGAGAUCGGCAGAAGGCAAGUCAUUGGAGGCAUCUGUUCAUGGAGAUAUGGAUAUAACCCAGAUGGCUGUGUCCAUUCCCUUCAUCCAGGGCAACAUAAAUGCCAGUGAACACAGCAUGCCACUCUCAACCAUGGACAUGUAUGUUCAGCCGGGUCAUGGGACUGUCAAUUUGCCCGUUGUGCCUGCACCUGAACCUGAGCUCCCGGAUAUUGAAGCUGAAGUCAACCUCAAGAGUAGUGAUGCUGUGUCCAAGAUCCUGCCUGUGGAUAACCCUCAAGGGGACUCAGAGGAUGUUUCCUAUGCUACUCUGGAGGGAGUGCUACUCUCUCCAGUUUCCUCUCAUACUGAGCCUUUGGCUCCCCUCCUUCCCACAUUCCAUGGACCUGUGUCUUUUCCUAAAUUUCAUCGACCAAAGUUCCAGUAUUCUGCUCCCAGAACAGUAGCUGCAGUAGAAGUGCCUUCUGGUCUGGGUGAUCCUAGUAUGUCAGGCUAUUGCUCUUCACAGAGGCUCGACUCCUCAAAAAUCCCAGUGUCUGCCCCUCAGCUAUUGUAUUCAGGCGACUCUGUGUGUGGGGGUAUGGAGCAGCUCCCCUGUAUUGAGGGAACCUUGGCAGCAACAGUAGGUGGACUCCCCAGUGAGGGUGCUGACCGUGCAAGGAAGGGCAGCCCAUUAAAAAUGCCCAGGCUCAAGCUCCCAUCAUUUCGGUGGUCCCCCAAGAAAGGGGCAGGGUCAAAAGGCAUCCCUGAACCCCAUUUGAAGGAUGAAAGGCUCAGUGUAACUGUAGAUAUGGGAGGGCUGCAAGGAGAGACCCAAGUUCAUAUUCUACCAGAUGAUAUGCCUCCAGAGGCGAAUGGAGAAGGGAAUAGGGAAUAUACACUAGGGAAUAGUGGCCUAGCCAUGCCAGAACCCACUGUUUCUCCUUCAGAGGUCCCCCAGGGCAAGAUUGUCCUACCCCCAAGAGAGCCACACCCCACUCUUUCUAGAACCCUGGGGACCAAGAGUGGCAUCAGGGACCCAGGUAUUACAGUGCAGCACAGCCUGUCUCAGGGAAAUAGUGAAGCAUGUGACUACACAGCAUUCCCUGAAAGCCAGCCUUUUGGGAAGCCAGUGAUUUGCACCUCUGAAAAACCUCUCCUGCCAUCCUGUAGACCGGAAGAUGCUGAAGGUCCCCCAGCAUCGAGCACUGAUGGGGCAGCCUCGAGAGAGAGCUGGUUUAGGGUCCCCCCAUUCCGAUUGCCUGGACUUCGGCGUGCCUCUUCCAAGGACAAAGGGGAGGAUGCAGGACUGAAAGAGGUUCCCAGGCUUCAGCCUGCUGCCAGCAAGCCCAAAGAACAAGCUCCAGCUAGACCUGUGAGUCAGGGGGACCUUGAAGAGGUGGCUGUGUCCCUGGAUUCCUCCAAAAGGGCUGCAGACAUGGCCUCCCCCAACAGUGCCUCUUAUGCUGAUGUACUCCAUUGCCAUUUGCACAGCCCCAGCCCCAGCUCUGGGCAACAUCAUCUUCCAACAGCCGAGCCAUCUUUCCUUCGGGCUGGUCCAGGGGAAAGCCCCCCCCUGCUGCUGACCCAUGUCAGCUUUUCCGAAGCCCCAGGCCCUGCAGCAGAGACAGUGAAGAGACCUGGAUCUCUGUCCUCACAGUCCCUCAGCACCCAGAGCCCAGACCCUUCUUAUUCCUGGGGAAUGGGUGGAGUCUGGGAAGAUUCCCAGCUCAAAGUCAGGUUUCCCAAACUGAAGGUGCCAAAGUUCACCUUCCCUGCCCCCAACUCUGGAGCUGAUGUUUUCAUCCCCACAGUGGGGGAAGUGUGGCACCCUGAGAACUGUCUGCUCCUCACUCUGCAAACAGAAAACCCUGAAAUCCGGAGUGCAACCAUUAUGAAGGCAGGUGCAGGGCAUUGCAAGGGGCAGCUGGAGGAUUGUGACUCCUCCUCAGCAUCACCUGUUUCUAAGGUGAAAGUACGCAUACAAGACAAUCAGGCUGAGAGCCACGCAGUUACCAUCCACAGCAGGAUUCUGGCAAGCUCAGCUGCUCAUGCGGGAUCUGAGAUUUUAACUACCGAGAUAGUGCGUGAGUCGGAGACACCACUCUCCCAGAAAGCUUCCUAUGGAUUUUCCUUGCUGAAGGGGAGAAUCCCAGAACCUACUCUUAAGGCUUCUGUACACCUGGAGGCUCAGAACUCUCCCAGACCAGGGGUCCCAGGCACUGAUUCUCAAGAACCAUUUGAAAUCAUCUCCAGCAUCAGGGAGCCAACAGAUGCCUUUGAAGUUGGCUCUGGUGCCCAGUGUGCCGACAGCUGUUCUGAUGAGGAGCCGGCAGAAAUUCUUGAAUUUCCCCCUGAAGACAGCCCAGGGACAAUCAUGGCAGAACACAGUUCUCCAACGGAGAAACCAGAAAGUAGAAGGUCUUCUGGGAUAUUCAGGUUUUGGUUCCCAAACAUUGGGUUUUCUCAAUCAGCCCCAGAGGAGCCCAGAGCCACCUCCGGAAUGCAAGGGCAGCAAGCUGGUCCAGUUCAGAAGCAGCCUGAAGCCCGACCUGAGACAGGGCUGCCAGGAAAGCAGGAGAAAGCAGGCUGGUUCCGGUUUCCCAAACUGGGGUUUUCCUCCCCUCCUGCUGAGAAGAGUCAGACCACCAAGGAUGAGGCAGGUCUGGCAGAACAGAGCCUCCAAGAGGAAAGAGUUACCUUUUACGAUGCCCAAGAGAGCCUCUCCCCUGGAGAAGAGGAGGAGAAGGGGGUGACAGAUGACACCAUGGCUGUGGGCUCUGAUAGCCACAGAAAAGGGAUGAGAGAGUAAACCUAAAGUCACCCAUUCUUGAGCAUGGCCCACCCCCAUGCCAUGCCAGUAGACCCUGACCUGAAGCCACAGGUGCUCCAUCCACCACAAUACACUCCCAAGCUUGGCAAGAAAAAAGAGGCAUCCUGACUCCACAAGAUGCCAGAAUCUACCCACUGCAAAGGGGCGCUGUGACCGAAGAGUCUCUUUAUCAAGAAUGAAGUAGUUCUAGGGUUGGGUUUUUUUUUUGUUUGUUUGUUUUUUUG